AUGCCUUCUGCUGGACCGUCUACUUCGCAUGUGACGCAUACGUUUGCUGAAUCGGUCGAUGACUAUCAUCGCGGCAGCGCAGAUCCCUUCGAUCGCUCUCGUCCUAGUAUCUAUGAUACCACUGGCAGUGUGCUCGAUCCGCUCGAUAAUCAGGCGCAGGACUACGAUGAGGAAGACUUCACAGAUAGUGACGACCCAGAUCCAGAUAGAUUCGUCAACUUCAGUCUAUUGUCGCAUCUCGCUGUCAGGCUACGUGACAAGGUGCCAAGGGGUACACACGUCAAAAGCAGCAUACCAUAUCCUCGCGCAUUUACAGGGAAGGACAUAGUUUCGACGAUACAGUCGCAGAUACAACGCGAACUGCUCAUUAAUCAUGGUAUCUCGACUGCGGAUAGGCGUAUAGCUUUGCAAGUGGCACGAAGUCUCCAACAACAGCUGUUCUUUUACGAAGUUGAGUGGGGCGACAAACCUCUGCAAGAUGGGGUGGAAGACGUCUAUAUGUUCUUGGACGAUUUAGAGGGAACUUCUGAAGGUCCAAGAGAAAGAGAAGAACUUCCGACUGCGGUCAUCACGACGCUCACCAAAUGUUAUGCAUCAAUCUGCAGCGAAGGGGAACCAUGCUACUCAUUCACGUGUCCUAGGCGCCGCGUAAAUUGGCAAAAUACAGUUGACCCUGCAGUUAUUAGUAGCCUUCCCGAAAGUGAGAUAAACCGCCAGUCUAUCAUAUACAGGACAAUCAGCCAGGAAGAGCAGUACAUCCAAGACCUCGAUACAGUUGAGGCAUUGUUUAUUAAGCCCCUCCGUCGUGCAACCCACAUUAUGCCUGCUGCCCAGCUGGACGAAUUUAUCGAGGAGGUGUUUGGCAAUAUCCUUGACCUUCGUGAAUGCAACAAGCGGUUGAUAGAAGCGUUGUACGUCCGCCAGCGCGAACAAGCACCAAUUAUACAAAAGAUUGGCGACGUAUUUUUGGAGGCCGCUAGGAGCUUCCGGUAUGCGUAUCCGACUUAUGUGGGGCAUCUUCCACUCGCAGAGAAGAAGUUCAAAGACGAAAUGGAAGAAAAUGCGGAGCUUAGACUCUUCUUCGAGGAAUGCGCACGACAAUCAGCAAGGCAGCAGGAGUCUCGCCGUUUAGACGUGAAGCAUUUGUUGAACCGCCCUCCCGAGCAUCUCCAGAAAUAUCCGCUUGCACUAGAAGCAAUCAUGAAAGCAACGACAGAGGGUAACCCAGAUGCAUAUUACUUGGCGGAAGCCAUACAGGCGAUCAAGAGCCUACAAGGAGUUGCUCAGCUGCGGACCUUCCAAGCUGCUAUGGGCAAGGGCCCGACCGGUAAGUGGGAAUGGCAUGAUCUGGUACCUAAGGACGUUAGGGAGGGCUUGAGUAAGACCGAAGCGAAACGGCAGUCUAUAAUAUUCGAGCUUAUCAAGGGUGAAAUGGCAUACGUCAAGGAUUUGGAAUCCAUAGAAACGAUGUACAUCCGGCCAUUGCGGGAUGCAGAUUCCCCGAUUAUUCCCCGUGAUAGAUUGAACAGUUUCAUCUCGGACGUCUACCACAAUUCUUCUGAAAUAUAUGCUCACCACAGGAGACUUCUCGAUCAACUGCACGAGGUCCAACGCGAAGAGCAUCCGACCAUCAAGAGCGUUACUGCCCCACUGUUUGACGCCGCCCUGAACUUUAGGGAUGCUUACAUGGAGUACAUCCCCAAUUAUCCGAUUGCUGCUUACAGGAUAGACGACGAAAACGCCAACAAUCCUGAUUUCAAGGCAUUCGUCGAGAAAUGUGUCCGGCAUCCUGACGCCCAUCGCCUCGAUAUGAAGAACUUCAUAUACCGUCCGAUCCCUCGCCUCCUGAGGUACGAAUUGUUACUCAAGAAUAUUCUGGAGGAAACGCCCGCCGGUCAUGAGGAUUGUGAAGCUAUACCGGAAGUUCUUGAGAUAAUCAAGUCUAUUGGGAAGGAUACGGAGCCUGGUGUUCAGUCUGCGAAACAAAAGGUGCAAUUAUGGUGCUAUAACGCCAACCUUGUAUUCAAGACCGGGGAAUCAGUCGACAUGGAUUUACUGAAUGAAAGUCGAUCCCUCGUGCAUGCCAGUAAACUUUUGCGCCAACCAGACACUGGCUUUGAGUGGAGCGGAUGGACCGAGCUAUUCGUUCUGCUUUUCGAUAACUAUUUGGUAUUAACCAAACCUAAGGAGAAGGAUGGGAUUACUAAAUACCACGUCAACCGGAGGCCUAUCCCAUUGGAUCUGUUGAACCUCGCCAGCUUUACUGAUGCGCCAAUUCAGAGAAGUACAAGUAUAUUGCGGCUCGGACUUGGUGGCAAUAAACACGCGGACGACCGUGGGACACCGUCAGCCCCAGGAAGUGGCAUGCCUGACAGUGCCGGAGAUCCCCGUCUUCUCUAUCCUUGCACAAUCUAUUAUAGCGGGAGACUUGGUGGGCUGCACACCCUUUUUACAGAAAGCCAACAAGCUCGUAGUGAAUGGAAGCAAAAACUGGAGGAAGCUCUUGGUCUGCGGAAGGUCGUGCAGGAGUCAAACAAAGUGUUUGAAAUGGAUCCCCUUAGUACUGACACCUUUUUCAUUCCAACAUUGUCGGCAAGCAACACUGCUCCGUCUUGGAACCACGAAAAUGCUUUUACGGGAAAAGUUACCUGUUCUGUGCCAUUCAAUACUCCGGAUGGACGAGAGCUCGUCGCGAUUGGUUGUGCAGAAGGGGUAUGGAUUGGAUUCAGACACGAUUCCAAAUCAAUGCGUCGUGUGCUGCACCUGAAGAUGGUGACGCAGUGCGCAAUGUUGGAAGAUUUCGGCAUGUUCCUGGUCUUAGCAGACAAGGCACUUUUCGCGUAUCACAUAGAAGCCCUUGUGCCAUCGUCACCUCAAAGUGCACAUACUUCCCAAACUCCCCAACGGGUCAAUGGGACAAGGGACGUUCAUUUCUUCAGUGUUGGUCAGCAAGGUGGUCGAACGCUGGUGAUCUACAUGAAAAAGAAAGGGCUCGACAGCGUUUUCCGUGUGCUCGAACCUGUCGUGGAAAAGAUUAAUGAACGCACGAAAACACCUGCUUCCUUCACGUCCCGAUUUGGUAUACGGCCGGCGCGUUCAGAGUGGUUCCGCUUGUACAGGGAAUUCUUCCUACCAUCAGAAUCAUUCGAUUUGGUCUUCUUGAAAGCCAAAAUUGCGAUUCUUUGCACGAAAGGGUUCGAAAUCAUGGAUCUCGCCGACUUCAAGAGUGUCACUAUUCCUCUACGUGAUGACGGCCACGAACGGCUCGCGAAACGGUGCGAAUCAUGUAAGCCCGUAGGGAUGUUCCGCGUGGACAACGAGUUCUUACUUUGUUAUGAUGAAUUCGGCAUCUACGUGAACAAACACGGGAGCCCCAGUCGGUCUUCGGGUACGAUUGAAUGGGAAGGCACGGCGGAACGUGUUGCAAUGCACUGGCCCUAUAUUCUUCUCUUCGACUCACGAUUCAUUGAGGUGCGGCAAGUAUCUACUGGUCUUCUUGCCCAGAUCAUCCCUGGAAACGAAAUCCGGUGCAUCUGGGAUGGGCGGGGGACGUCCAGCGGAGCUGCAUCGACAAGCGGAGAAGGACCCAAGCAGUCAAUGAACCUCGAGCCACGAAUACAUGCAGUGGCCUCGGUGCCGGAGCCACCCCAUGGACAACCUAGCCAGAGUGCUAGGGUGCGAUCCGUCGCGCAACACGUGUUUGAAUUGACGCCUACGGUUCCCCUCUAUCCACCGGGACCACUUACUUCACCUUCCAAUUCAGCUUACUUCCCCCAGUCCAGUUCUCCGCCGCACUCGCCUAGCUUCGUACAGAAUACAUUGACACACUCCACGUCGUGGAGGUAA